GUCCAGCGCGAGUCUCCUUGUCUUAACGCUGACUGACCGAACCCCCUGCUCUGUAGCGUCAUCCUCAGAGCACGUUUCCACCAAAAAGUGACUUUAUGAUGUGUUGGUUCGGUGUGGGGUCGUCGCCGUCGCGUCUCAAAUAGAACAGCUGAAGAGAGUCGACAAACACCACCUCCGACCCUGCGCGAUCUUCUGUCAUAGAGCAGCUGGCAGAUUCAUCAGCAGCAGCAGCAGGACGCUACGGGCGUCGCAAUGAACGCGGCAUUCGCUGGCAAUUUCAACCAGGACUACACCUGCGUCAGUGUCGGUACAAAGGAAGGCUACAGACUCUACAACUGCGAACCAUUUGGCAAGAUCUAUGAACAUCCCGGCGGUCGGUCCAUCGUCGAGAUGCUCUUUUGCACAUCGCUCGUUGCACUUGUUGGUCUAGGCGACCAGCCAGACUUGAGUCCGCGUCGUUUGCAGAUUGUCAAUACGAAGCGUGGCUCAUCCAUCUGCGAGCUGACCUUUCCCACUGCUAUUCUAGCCGUCAAGCUCAAUCGGAAGCGUCUCGUCGCUGUGUUGUCGCAGAAUCUCUAUGUCUAUGACAUUGCCAACAUGAAACUGCUGCAUACUAUCGAGACGUCGCCCAAUCCCAACGCCAUCUGUGCCUUGUCUUCCUCCUCAGACGCUUGCUAUAUCGCGUAUCCGUCUCCCACACCCAUGCCUUCCUCUGGAGCAGAUGGCGCGCCGGCCCAUGCGCCUGUUGCAAAUCCAGCGCAUGUGCCAGUCUCUGGCGAUGUUCUCAUCUACGAUGCAUCUUCCCUUCAACCUGUCAAUGUGGUCGAAGCUCACAAAUCGCCCUUGUCGUGCAUUGCAUUGAGCUCGGAUGGCACAAAAUUGGCAACAGCAUCGGACAAAGGCACCAUCAUACGCGUCUUCAGUGUACCUGGUGCAGACAAGCUCUUUCAGUUCCGCAGAGGCAGUUUACCAGCCAAGAUUUACAGUCUGAAUUUCGACCUCUCAUCGACCUUUCUCGCUUGCUCUUCUGAUUCAGAAACGGUGCAUGUGUUUAAGCUUUCGCACGACCAUGCACGGCGUGAUCGACAGGAAGCCCCGUCUACAGCGCGUGUACCGCCAAAGGGCGCAAUGAGCAUGAUUCGGAAAAGCUCACAGGGCUUUGGUCGGACAUUCGCUGAUACCUUUGGUGCAUAUCUCCCGAAUAGUGUCACGGAGAUGUGGGAACCUAUACGUGACUUUGCGAGUCUCAAGCUGCAAAAUGGCGGUAAAGUCAAGUCUGUGGUGGCAAUCAGUACAGCGGGACCUGAGCCACACGUCAUGGUCGUUAGCAGUGCUGGAAGUCUGCUGCAGUACGCGAUUGAUCUGGAACUUGGCGGGGAGUGUCCUUUGGUCAAGUCGAGUUCAUUGCUUGCCAUGACUGAGUGAAUUGGCGACGAGUGAGUGAAUACAUGUAUGCUAUGCUAGUAAUGAAUGUGGAAAUACCGUUCAAAGGACUAUGCCUGCCUGCUGUAGUAGGCAGAUUCCACAUCAACAAUACGCCGACCUCGCGCUUGUGCAAUGGUGCUCGGUAGUCUUUGUUCCUUGAGCGCCUCGAAGACGCCCUUGACCACGUUCAUGCCUGUGCGGCUGCCCCAGACCUUUGCUGAGAGGUCGGUGAUGCCUGCACAACGACAAAUUUCGUAGAUGAAGUGGUUGGCUCGAAUACCAAAUCCUGCAGGCCGUGAGCGAAGUCUGAGCUGUACAGCGUGGAAUUUGUAGUCCACGUCGCCGUAGAUGGUGCGAUCCUGGUAGCGAUGCACG